GAGAAGCAGCCGUGAACCAUGCCGCCCACCAAGCAGCGAAUGCGCCAGCGCUUCGGGCCCAGCCAGGACUACCUGCUCGUCGUGCAGGUGAACACGGACCAGCCGUUCCGCGCGCCCUACGGCGGGCUCAUGGCCGGCUGGGAGAAGGUCGCCACGACCCUCAACGGCUGCAGCGCCUUCAAGAUGCACCACCUCAAGGGACCCAUCGCCAAGAACCGCUUCGAGCGCCUCGUGGGGCGCCACCGCGAGUGGGUCAAGAACGGCAGCCACCCGGGGGACGCACCCUCGCAGGACGCCUCCUUCCAGAGCGUCAUGGCCGAGCUUAUUCCCAAGCUGGACGCCGCCGAGGCCGAACCGCCGUCGCAAAAUCUGGGCAAGCGCGGCCGCCCCAGGAAGAUCCGGCCGGAGGACGGACCCGCGGAGAAGAAGCCGGCACUGCAGGCCUCGCAGGUGGCUAUUGCGCCGUCCCCGCUGGGUCCGCAGCCGUCGUCGUCGUCCACUUCCCUCCUCGUGGAUUCCGAGGACCAGGCGCUGCCUAUUGUGACCAAGGCCACCCGCCAACGGUUCACGCCCGGAGACGACCUCUUGCUCGUCAAGUACGUGAAGGAAUCGCUGCCUUUCCGCGCCAAGUUUGGCGCGAUCUCUUCGGCCUGGGAAGACGUGGCGAACAAGCUUGACAACAGCCCCGACUUCUCCAAGGACAAUAUUAAGGGCCCGAUCGUUCGCUAUCGCUUCGAGAACCUGGUGUCCAAGUACCGUGAGCGCGUCAAGCGCAACAGUGGGCGCGUUGUCGGCCCCAAGGGCGCCCCUGCGGGUGAACUUGAAGUACUCAUGACGGAGCUGGUCACGCUCCUGGAUGGUGGAGACCCCGUGAGCGCCGCCCUGCUUGCCCAAAACGUGGCGAUCGCGACCGGAGCGGUCAACGCGGUGGCAGAACGUGAGAAUCAGCGCACGGCUACAAGCCAAGACGAGGACUCUUCGAGUAGCACGAGCGAACCGUCCUCGCCAGUUCCCGCCCCGGCUUCGGCUGCGACCCAGAGCUUCAUCACCCCCACAAGCGAGCCCGAGCCGGCAUCAAGUGCUUCGUCAAGUGCCCCGCCCAAGACGUUGAAGACGGCGGCGAUUUCUGCGGUCUUGAAUGACAUUGACCCCUCAAACAUUGCUGAGCUGAAGGCGCUUCUGCAAGAGAUGGUGGAGCAGCAGGCGCGGGCUACGGAGCAGAUGCUGCUGCAGCAGCGCGAAGAGCGCCGUCUCGAGGCGGAGCGGCGAGAGCGGGAGCUUGAGGUCGAGCGUGAGGAGCGCGAGAAGGACCGCCAGGCGCUGACGGCCACGGUGAUGUCGGCGAUGAAGACAUUCCUCGAGCAGAACGGCCGCAAGGACUGAGCGAGGGUUUGGAGGGGGAGAGUUUGUAGUUGGUAAAUCGGCGCUAUCUUCUUAGGAAUUCUUUUAGCAC